CAACCCACCCACCAUGACAGCAAAAUCAACUAAUCCCAUCUUCUUCUUCAUUCUUUUCUUCCUCAUUUUCACAUUAACCCCAUCUUUUUCCAUUGAAAAUGAUGUUAAAUGUCUUGAAGGUAUCAAAUCUGCACUUUCUGACCCUUUAAACAAGCUCUCAUCUUGGUCAUUCUCCAACACUUCUGUAGCUUCAAUUUGUAAACUUGUUGGUGUUUCUUGCUGGAAUGAGAAAGAAAACCGCCUUCUUUCUCUUCAACUUCCUUCAAUGUCUUUAUCCGGUUCACUCCCACCUGCCCUUCAGUUCUGUACUUCUCUUCAAUCUCUUGAUCUCUCUGGUAACUCUUUUUCCGGUCCAAUCCCGGUUCAAAUCUGUUCUUGGUUACCUUAUCUCGUCAAUCUUGAUCUCUCCAGCAACUCUUUCUCCGGUUCCAUACCCCCUGAGUUUAUUAACUGCAAAUUCUUGAACACCCUUAUUCUAAAUGACAACAAACUUACUGGGUCGAUCCCAUUUGAGAUCGGCCGGCUCGACCGGUUGAAACGGUUCAGUGUGUCCAACAAUGGCCUUUCCGGUUCUAUUCCUGAUGAUUUAGACCGGUUUUCGAAAGAUGAUUUCGAUGGGAAUGAUGGGCUUUGUGGGAAUCCAAUUGGAUCUAAAUGUAGUAAUUUGAGUAACAAAAAUCUUGUUAUUAUUAUAGCUGCUGGUGUUUUUGGUGCUGCUGCAUCACUGAUUCUUGGAUUUGGGAUUUGGAGAUGGUUUUUAGUCCAGCCUAGUAAGAAAGAUAGAGAAUUCGGUGACGGUAAAGGUGGUGGUGGUAUCAGUGAUUAUUGGGUCGAUAAAUUGAGAGCUUACAAGCUUGUUCAGGUGACAUUGUUUCAAAAACCUAUUAAUAAGAUUAAGCUGAAUGAUUUACUAGUAGCUACAAAUUCAUUUGCUAGUGAAAAUAUUGUUAUUUCAACUAGAACUGGUAUUUCUUAUAGAGCUAUGUUGAUUGAUGGAUCAGCAUUGGCUAUUAAAAGGUUGAGUAGUUGUAAGUCAAGUGAAAAACAGUUUAGGUCUGAGAUGAAUCGAUUAGGACAGCUUAGACACCCGAAUUUAGUCCCGUUAUUGGGAUUUUGUAUUGUUGAUACUGAAAGGCUUUUGGUUUAUAAGCAUAUGCAGAAUGGAAGUUUGUAUUCGCUUUUACAUGGUAAUCUUAGUACUGGUAUUAGAAAUGAUAGUUCUGAGCUUGGUUGGUUAGCAAGGGUGCGGGUUGCUGCUGGUGCAGCUAGAGGAUUAGCUUGGCUUCAUCAUGGGUGUCAACCGCCAUAUGUGCAUCAAUACCUUAGCUCGAAUGUGAUUCUUGUAGACGAUGAUUUUGAUGCUAGGAUCACGGAUUUUGGGCUUGCAAGGCUUAUUGGUUCUGCUGACUCAAAUGAUAGUUCGUUUGUGAAUGGGGAUUUGGGAGAGUUUGGUUAUGUAGCUCCUGAGUAUUCGAGCACGUUGGUUGCUUCAAUGAACGGGGAUGUGUAUAGUUUUGGAGUAGUGCUGCUUGAGUUGGUGACAGGGCGGAAGCCUCUUGGUGCGGGUAAUGCAGAGGAGGGAUUCAAAGGUAGUUUAGUCGAUUGGGUUAAUCAGCUUUCGAGCUCAGGUAAUAGUAAGGACGCGAUUGAUAAAGCUUUUGCUGGAAGUGGUCAAGAUGAUGAAAUUUUGCGAGUUCUUCAAAUUGCAUGUUCGUGUGUGGUUUCAAGGCCGAAAGAUAGACCUUCGAUGUACACAGUGUAUCAGUCCUUGAAGAGCAUGGUGAAAGAACAUUGUUUCUCUGAACACUUUGAUGAGUUUCCAAUCAACUUGACCAAAGAAAAUCAUGAUCAUAAAGAUUAGGUUAUAGCAUUGAAAUGAUUAGACAAAUGUUUAUGAAUUUUGAAUAUUCUAGUUAUGGCAUUUGUAUUUCUUGAUAACUCUGUAUAGUUUGAGAAGUAAAUGCAUGAUCUUUGUACUUUCUUGACA